GAAGCGCUUUCGCUUCCUGGUGACACUUUAACAAGCCAGCUCAGCCGGAGGAGUCGGCGGCUUGACUGUAGUCGUGGCCGGAUCCUCCCCCCCCCGUUUCCCUCCCUCUUUCUUGGCGGCGUAUGUUUUGUCGUCGUCUCUUUGGGGCAACUGCCGGUCGCGUAACUGCUUCGCUCCUUCGUCUCCACGCUUUCGCCGCUGCUUCCUCCCUUUCACCUCGUUUGCUGCUCCUCAUGAAGCCGGUCGUUGUGUUCGUUCUCGGCGGGCCUGGAGCCGGAAAGGGAACCCAGUGUGCCCGCAUUGUGGAGAAAUAUGGUUAUACCCAUCUUUCUGCGGGUGACCUCCUUAGAGAUGAGAGAAAAAGACCAGGCUCUCAGUAUGGAGAACUAAUUGAAAAUUAUAUUAAGGAUGGGAAGAUUGUACCUGUUGACAUAACGAUCAGCUUGUUAAAGAGGGCUAUGGAUGAAACUAUGGCAGCUAACACUCAGAGGAAUAAAUUCCUAAUUGAUGGAUUUCCCAGAAAUGAAGAUAAUCUUCAGGGCUGGAAUAAAACAAUGGAUGGAAAAGUAGAUGUCUCUUUUGUUCUCUUUUUUGACUGUGAUAAUGAGAUAUGUAUUAAUCGUUGUCUUGAAAGAGGAAAAAGCAGUGGCAGAAGUGAUGAUAACAGGGAAAGUUUGGAGAAAAGACUUCAUACGUAUCUAGAGUCUACUAAGCCCAUAAUAGACCUCUAUGAGACAAUGGGAAAAGUUAGGAAAGUGGAUGCCUCCAAAUCUGUUGAUGAAGUUUUUGGAAAAGUGGUGAACAUCUUUGAAAAAGAAGGCUAGCUUUUUCCUUGAACACCCUUCUAGAAUGCUUGAAUCUUGCUUUAAGAGCUGCUACUAUAGUCCAUUUUAUAAUAGUAAUGAAAUAUGCCUCUUAAAAUAUGUGUUUAAAAUAAUUUAAAAAAAUAUUUCGAACAGCAUUUAAAUAUGACUUGGAAGUGGCUCAUUAAAAUAUCGACAUUGAAACUGACUUGAAGUUAGGAAAGCAUCUUAAUUUUAGGAAAAAACUAAUAAUCAAAUAGCAAACACAUUUUUUCUGGAAAGCAUGCUUUUUUUCCUUGUUGCCAAAAGCCAUGUUGUUUUUUAGAGUCCCACAAACUGAAAUUGUAAAUAUGAAUGAGAGGGCCCAUUUAGUUUCUUGAUAGUUUUGUACCAAAUAUAGGAAGUUGUAUGAGGAAGUUUUAUUUUGUACUGCUUAAAAAUAAAUACAUAUUUGCUGUUUUCAAGAAGGAAGUUUCAGUUUAGACAUUGCAUACUUUCUGAUGUCAUACUUUUUGCUUAAAGGAUUGCUAGGAAAUGAAAAAGAAUUACCUAAAAGCCUCCCAAAAAGUGGUCAUUCAACCCACAAAAUGGAAACUUCCUGUGUGUUUGGGGAGUGGCUCUUUUGCCAAACUGAUUGGGAUGCUGCAAUAUGAGGAUCACAGAGACUAAUAGACAGUCCAGACCCAACACGUGGGUUGGGUUUAACAGAAAUGAUUCAUACAGAUCACAGGAAGACAUAGGUAUUUGAAGUCUCAUUAUUUCAGUGGAGUGUAAAUGUCAUUUUCUGAGAUAGGGUACUACAAACCAGUGUGUGUAAAUGCGUUUAAGAUUGAAUUUGCAGAUUAUGUAGGUGCCAUUUAUUUGUACAUGUGUUUACCGGUUAUAUGGGCAUUGAGUAUUUGUGAUACUCAAAGACUAGGUAGAAUUUUGCAAUCUGAUGUUUGAGGGCAGCUACUACACCAACAUUUUUCUGCCACAUAUUUUGCUGCAUGGUAAAUGAUGAGGAAUUUUGUAACAAAAUUGCUUAUUUAUUCUGUAAGUUGAAGUGUCUGAGAUUGGCUGGAGGGUAAUAUUCUUAUGACUGUUUUAUUCUAAUAAUUUUGCAUAACUUGAAGAUUUUGUUCAAUUAUACUUUUGAUAUAAUUUGACCAAUGUAAAUGAUACCUUUUUUUAAAAAUUCAGUGUAUGUGUUUAAUGCUGUACUGGUAGGAGAAACAAAUUUUAAAUAAAUAAUUGGAUAUAAAACAUACAA